UCGGAAAAGUCGGCGACCCAGCGCAAAUUCGACCUUCUCGGCGUCACCACAGGAGGCCAGACGCGCGACGCUGGGACACAGUUCAUUGUAGUGGACAUGAAAGCUCUCAACGACCUCUUCGCGCAGGCGAAGAGCAAGUGCGAAAGCUGCGGUGCGGGAACCCUGACACUUAGCAAGGCCACGGACAAAGAGUAUGGCUUGGCAGUCAAGCUUCUGCUCGUCUGUGCCACAUGCGAGUUCGAGAAGAAGCAGUUUUCUUCACCAAGAGUUGCCGGAACGGUGAAGAUCACUCCUUUCGAAGUGAACAUGAGGGCAAUGAAGGGAAUUCAGUCAAUUGGGAAAGGAGUCACUGCCCUCGCAGACUUCUGUGCGUCCAUGAACUUGUCACACCGCGGCCUGCAUCACAAGACCUUCCAGGGACACCUGAAGACCCAUGUGCAAGCCUGCGAAAAGUCAGCAAGCGCAAGUGAAGCUGCCAGCUCAGAAGUUGUCAAGAGACUGUAUGCAGACUUCUUGAACCCUGUCGGCAACAUCGACGUGAUCUUUGACAGAUCUUGGAUGACGAGAGGACGCAGCUCCCACAUUGGUGUGGGCUGCAUUGUCGAGCUGUAUUCCGGCCUAGUUCUUGACCAUGUGGUGUACUCCAACUUUUGCCUUGGGUGUGCCCUGGGACCGGAGCCGGAGGAAGAGGGGUACGGCGACUGGUAUGCAGCCCACGAGUGGGCCAAACAAAAUCUGCUUUUGGAACGCGCAACCCUUAGUGCCUCCUCCCGUUGUCCCUUAUAG